AUGCACGGCGAGCUGCUCCUUAUUGGGUUCAAGCUCGAGCAGAUGGGUCGCCACGACACGGCUUGCACCGACGGCUCGCUCGCUUUCAAGCAGCGCGCGCAUCCUGAAAUCAAAGAGUGGGUCAUGGAUCUGGUGCGCAAGGGGUGCUCGGAGGCGUCCAUUGUAGCGCAGUUGGAAGGGCCAACUCUCAACCCGCCGCCUCGCCCUCUUUCAAGUUGGAACGUACCGUACACUUCUGGUCGCUGGUAUCCCACCAAAGACGCAAUUCGCAUGAUGAUAGUCAACUCAAGCAGCGAGAAGCUACAUGGAACCGACCAGCAGCGCAUCGACCAAUUUCUCGCGUCAACCUCGUCGUAUGCCUGCUCUCACCCUCACUCGCUCUACCAAGAUGGGCAGUGCCCCGGCGAAAGCCAAUACGGCGACAAAAGCGAUGUCAUUUAUCAUCAAUUUGUUCACUGCGACUGCCAGAGCUGCCUCGAAAUCCCCCUGAGGGAGUCGAACAUUCUGAUUUUAAUGACGCCUUGUCAGCGGGCAACGUGGGACGCCCUUCGUCCCAAGGUCCUGUUCCUGGAUUCAACCUUCUCAGUCAACCGCUACGACUGGGCGACAACAGCACUCGUUGCUGCUGACGAAUCAGGCGCUGGUGUGCCGCUGGCGUUCAUGAUCUCCGACAGAGAUCGCGAGCAUGAAUAUGCGCGGUUCUUGUCCGAGGUCAAGCACGCCGUAGGUGAAGCGUUUAAUCCGGUGCGCAUCGUCAUCGACAAAUGCGGCGCUGAGCGAAACGGCAUCAAUCAGGCGGUGCCGGGUGUGCAGGUGGCAACUUGCUGGUUUCACGUCUGCCAAGCGGUGGAGCGCCAGUACCCGGGCAGACUAGAUCUUCUCUCGUGUAUGGCUAAAAUGCGGUAUGCCAGGAAUGCACAAGAGCUGAAGGACGCGAGCAACAGCUUGCUCAACGCCGCCGGCGAGUUCCAAGGUUAUUUUCUGUCUCAGUGGCUCAACGAACGAGAUAUUAAAACCUGGACGCUCUUCCACCUUGGCUUGGUGCGUGAUGCGCUGGAUCAAGGCCACACCAACAAUUUGAUUGAGCGCUUUUUCGGCACGUUCAAGUACAAGUUUCUGAAAGGUUACCGCAUGCACGAUUUGGCAGGUCUCGCAAUCAGGAUUGUUCGGGACACGAACCAGCACUUCUGUUUGCAACGCCAACGCCAGCGACUCGACAAGCCGAAUGUCGCCUUCCUUCCAAAGUUCCGCUCCUUACUGCUUGAGAAAGAGAUGCACGCAGAGAAGCUCGUGGAAACCGGUCAGGUGUUGGAGCUUCAUCGCUACUUUGGUGUAGGACUUGUUCUGCCUCAGCGGACGCUUUCUGAGCUUGAUCUACUCCAAAUUCGCGAACUCGCAAACGCUCACCUUGAGCCAUUUUAUCAGACGCGUGGCAUGCCCUUGACUGAGGGUUUGCAGCAGCUGCACGAAGCGCUGAAGCAACAGUACCCAGAUGUUGUGGUCGUUGGUGUCGAGCGGCGCUUUUGCAGCGCCAUGCACGAUCACGCUUUCAUUUGCAGCCACAUCCGUGCCGUCGCGCGGCACUUUGGAGGCAUCGAGAACUUUCGUCUUCAAAUCCAUUCUCUCUUCGAAGAGCCACCAGUGUGUCCCGUGUCCCGCUCAGCACCCGUCAAUCCUGCAAGCGAAUCUGCUGUGUCCGCAGCCACUACUGCUUAUGCCGAUGAUGCCCUGCCGACUGGCGCAACCGACAUGGCCGUAGACGAUCAGCUUGAUGCAGACGGACCUGCUCGCACCUCUGACAUGGCCGUAGACGAUCACCUUCCCUCGGGCCCGGAUGCAGACGGACCUGCUGACCGCACCUCGGACCUCCCCGCCGAGCUCGAUCCGAAUCACGGAGCGUCACCUUCUGCGCGUAACUCCGAUGAUGCUCCAGAGCACAGCUCUGGCCUUGUUGAGACGGUGGCCAGUCCCGACGACCUGGUGGACGAGCUCUCCAAGCUGUUCGAGAAAGGACUCGAGCGUCUCAAGACCAUGGCUCAGGGCGAUGAGUUGCACAGCCUCGUUCGCCAGCUCACACGCAAUUGCAGCAACAGCAUGCGGAAUGCGACAGCGGCCAUCCGUGCGCGCGACACAAUUCGACGGUUUUCACGCUACGACACGAGUCGGGAUGACGAUGCAGACGUGUUUGAGGCCCAGCCUGAGGAGAUGGACGACGAUGACUUCAGCGGCGCCUGA